CAUCGAGGCGCGCUACGGGUCAGUUCAAUUUCGAGUGGUAUAUACCGUGUUAUCAAAAUGACACAACUCUGUGAUAAAAAUCGGACAAUCGACACAGUUAUUUAGAGUGGAUUUGUGUAACCAUCGUAUAAUGGUUUGGAAUUUACUGUCAUUCGAAUUCACAUAUCGAGACAGAUCGCAAUUCUCUGGAAAAAGGUCCAGCAUUUGAAAUUAAAUGAUCCAGUUAUGAAGGUAGAAAUUUCUCAUGGGCUUAAAUGGUGAUUUGGGUGCCCGGGAGGUGCUCAUUGGUGAACUUCGUGAGGCGGCUGAACCCCUGCGGGAGAGCUGCAGUCCAGAGGUGGGCGAGAGGGUUGACGCUGCGGUGAAUGAAGCGAUUCAAGCUUGGGAGGAUACCAGGGCUGAACUUGAUGCUCUCUGCACAAAGUAUCAGCGUGCCGUGAGACUCUGGGAGCAAUACCGGGAGGCCAGUGCUGCUGUAAAAUCCUUCGUUGACACACAAAUGGGAAGCAUCACCAAUCUACCACCAGAAGAGGCAGUCAAGCAAGUCAAGGUUUGCGAGGAAACCCUCGCUGAACAUAAAGAGAGACUGGCCGAGUUGAGGGGUCUGGUGGCACAAAUUGCCUCCGAUGUGGGUCUGGAUGUUGAUGGACCAUUGCAUUGUGAAGUUGAGGCACUGGGGAGAAGGCUGGAGGAUGUCAGAGAGACACUCUCUACACUGGCUGACACUGCUGAUGCUAGAGCGCUCAAUAAGGAACUCGCACGUGGCGAUUUAUGCCAGACGAAGAAUUUCUUGGAUUCCGUUCAACAGAGUCUAACAACACUUCCGCAAGGAGAAUCAAAGGAGCAAUUAAAUCUGCUCAGAAAGCACCUCGUGGCACUCACGAAAACUGAACCGCAACUUCAGUCAAUCAAAGAGCGCUCCCUGGAGGCGGUAACCCAAGAGCCCUCCGUCGUUGAGGUUCUCCAGCUCUGGCAAAGGGUCUUCCGGGAGACCUUCCAGCAGUACCAUCGCCUGUCCGCGCGACUAGUCCGUUCGGAGGACGUCUCCGCGGCCCUCCGUCUCUGGCAGGAGUACCUCUCUCACGUCCAAGAGUUCCUCUCCAGCAAUCCUCCAGGCGACUACAACGGCCUCUCCGAGCACAGAAACCUCUGUGAGGUCCACAAGAACCUCUUGACUGACCAACAACAUUUGAUCCUUUCGAUCAGAGCGGAGAAGGGUCGAGACCUAUCAGUGGCCGAGCAAUUUAACGCAUUGACAAACCUUCACAAUGAGACCCUUUCCAAAAUCAUGGACAGGCACGCCUCGGUACGGGACAGACUUGACGCCUGGGACAGAUACCGAGAAGAUCUCAACAAGCUUCUCGCCUGGCUGAAGGACAUCGAGCGCGAGAAGAGCCGCCUCCAGCUGCGAUUUAUCCACUUGCGACGUCUUGACAAAAUUCUCACGAAAAUUGAUAUUCUCAUCGAGAGAUUGCCCACUGGUGAAUCCCAGAUGGACUCUCUUCUGGAGCAGCAAGAAGCCCUUCUUGCUGACUGCGAGCAGGCCCUGGCUGUCUCCGUUCGCAUGGAACACGCUGCCAAUCUCCAGCGGGUCAACAAUGUUCGAGCAAGCCUCGAAACAUGGAAGGACUUCGUCAUUAGGAUAAGGAACCUCAAUGCCAAACACGUGGAUCAGACCUCAAUCAUCACGAAGACCUUCACAGAAGUCAGCCAGUCACUGUCCUCUGCCUUCCACGCAGCUCCUGGUAGCCUCCUUCAGGCGAGAGAACAGCUGGACUCUCUAAGCCAAUUGAGAAUGAAGCUCAUUCACACGUCAACGGACCUUGAAACUCUGGGAGUCACCACGGAACAGUUGAGAGAGUGUCUCAGUCCAUCUGACAUGAAGAGUCUUAAUCAACAUGUUUCGUUACUUUGGCAACAGCAUGGAGAUCUCGAACAUCAACUGGCGUUGUUGGCAUAUAGACUUGGAGAGCGUGUUGGGUUGAGAGGAAAAUGGGAAAAGCGGCUGUCGAGGUUCCUCAUCUGGUUGACAGACGCUGAGAUAAGAAUGCACAGCUGUGAUUCGGGAUUGGAGGAGCCUGAGGAGGCUUUGAAGAGGCUCGAAGGAGAACUUCACGCUGAGAUGGCGUUGAAGCAGCGAGAAUUGGAUUGGCUACAAAGCACCGGUGAGGAACUCAUCCAAAUAACAGAGCUUGGGGAGAAGGAAAAACUGAAGGACUCCUUGGAUGAAGUUGUGGAGAGAUGGACGAGGCUUAUGAAUACUGGAAAAGCUCGGGCGAAUAAACUCAUAGACCUCAUGCAGACGAUGAGUUCAUUAGAACGAAGGAUAGCGGAGAUAAGGGCUUGGCUGGGACGAGUCGAGAUGCAGCUGACGGAGCCGUUCAUCGUGGAGACUAAGACCCAAGAAACGAUAAACAACAAAUUGAAGGAUCAUGAGCAACUUCAGAAGACAAUUGAAGCUGAGAGUGGAAAUAUCGGCGAGGUUCUCAACCUCUGUGAGAUCCUUCUCAGUGAUUGUGAUGCGUGGAAGACGUCUUUCAAUACUGAAGCCAUCAGAGCGGGGAUGCAGGGGCUCGAGAAGAGGUGGAAGUCGGCUUGUGUCAGAUCGGCGGAUCGAAAGCGUAAGAUUACAACAGCUUGGAAACUGAUUCAAGAAUUGGACAGAAUUGAGAUGGAUCAGGAGACCUGGGUCGCGGGAGUGGAGAGGGAGUUGAGCUCGAUGGAAGAAUCCUUGGAUAAGGUUUCCAAGGAAGAUUCCGAACAAACGAUGAACAGGGCAAGAAGAGUCAUCAAGGACGUUGAUGCUCACCGACCUGCACUUCAGAUAUUGGAGGGAAGUUACAGUAGAUUGGCGAAGGGAGGAUUGGAACCGGAGAAUAUGAAAAGUCUUACGGCUGGAGUUAGAAUUGUUUUAGACAGAUGGCACGGUCUUAAACCUAGGGCUAAUGCUAUAAUCAAUGCUCUUCAGCGAGAGCAGAAGGCGUAUCGAGAGUUCAUCACAGCUCAUGGAUCAGCUGUUGUCGGGCUGACGCAAAUCGAUGUGAGGUUGACUCAGGUGCAGCAUCUCAUGACCGAUCAUUCGAUGACCUCGAGAAGGAGACUGAGCCAGGUCGAGGAGAUUGAGAGGGAACUGGAGGUUAUGAGUGAAACUCUCCAAAGGGCUGAUCAACUCGCCCUCAGUGUCAUGAGGGACUGUCAUUCUGAAGAUGUUCAUGCUAUACAGGAACUAGUUGAUGAGUACCAGCUGUUGUGGCAGGACAUCAAGAGCAGGGUUGCCAAGGUGAAAAGUGAGCUGGAGGUCAGUGAGAGGAGGGAGGUUGACGAGGCUGUUCAGGUGGAGACUCUCAAGUUUGAGCAAGACUCGGCGGUUCAGGUAGACACGCUUCCCAGACUCAUCAGGAUGACGUCGUGCGAUGCUUAUCUGAUGGAGCUCGAGGCGGCUAUUGAGGAGUGCAGGGGAGCUAUGGAGGGGCUUGAGGACGCGGUGGCAGUGGAGCCGGUGGCUGGACCGGGGUUAGCUGCGACUGGGAAAAAUAUUGGGAAACUCAUUGCGAGUUGUCAGUCUGCUAUGGAACUCGCUAGGCAUUUACAUGGACUGUUGAUACAGGAUGAUAAGUUUGAUGAUGACACGGCUAGGGGCAGGGAGGUUGAGGAGUUGGGAGCACGAUAUGAAGGACUGUUGAAGAGGGCGAGGGAGAGGGAGCAGCAGAUUAGAGAUAUCAGGUCGUCAAUUGUCGAUACUUACACAAUGCCAUGUGAACAUGAUGGAGGAAGAUUGACAUGCCCCCUCUGCUGUCGCCGCAACUGGGCCCAAUUGGAUAUCGACCUCUGGAGGCUGGAGAAAUGGCUGGAGUACGCCGAAGGCACUCAAAGUGAGCAGCACUCACCUCCAGGUAACAUCGAGGAGCUAGAAGACAUUAUCCAAGAUCACAGGGAAUUUCUCCUCGACCUAGACAGUCACAGGAGCAUAGUAGUGAGCCUGAACAUAGUGGGGACUCAUCUGGCCGACCAUACAGAGGACGUGGAGAGGGCGCAGGAGCUGAGGAACAGGUUGACGGUGGCAAACUCCAGGUGGGAGAAGGUCUGUCAAAGCGCAGCAAGUUGGCAGGAGGCGUUGCAGUCAGCUUUAAUGAGCAAUCAACAGUUUCACCGAAUUGUUGAUGAGCUCGUGUGCUGGCUGGAGAGGACAGAGGCCUCCAUUCGUGCAUCAGAACCCAUUGACUUGACGGAAAAUACCAACAUCAUCAGGUCGAAGUAUGAAAAAUUCAGGGAAUUGAGAAGUGAUUUGGAGAGAUGUGAGCCCAGAGUUCUGUCUCUUCAGGACGCUGCCAAUCAAUUGUUAGAGGAACAUGUGGAUACUAGGGGUCGACUGCAGGAGCUCAGGCUCAGGUUACAGUCCCUGAGAAGACUCACUGGCAUUUACGCAUUGAAACUAGGCGCUGCCUUAGGACUGGAUCCCAAGGAAGUGGGGCUCGCUGCCACCACUUCGUCGCUUGCUGCACUCUCGCAAGAUCUGCUCGAUGGAGCUUCAACGUCCUCCGGCCAGCCCCUCGACGCUUCAUCAAUUGAUGGUGACGAACGAGAUCGUACGGUAUUGGUUCGUGGAUACCGUUUCUUAGGCCGUGUAUUAAGGGCUUCCCUACCGAUUCAAGCGCUGAUGCUACUCUUGCUUGGCGUUGCUUCGUUGGUACCCGCUGCCGAAGACGAUUACAGCUGUAUGCUAUCUAACAACUUUGCGAGGACCUUUACACCCGUGGUAGACUAUCCAAACGGUCCGCCGCCCCUAUAAAAAUUCCUCAACCGAAUCCCUCGACAAUAGACUCUCGUCGAUUCAUCCUACUUUGAAUUCAAUAAUGAAGUAUUAAUUAUUUUUCAAACGUUCCUUUGCUCCAAAAGUCUAAUCCCCUAAUUGUAAAUACAACGCCAAUGAGAAAUGAUAAGCUCGAGAGUUCGUGAAUGUCAGUCAAAUUAUGUCACUUAAUUUAUUCAAUUAUUUUGUAUAUUAUGGUAUUUGUUAAUGUGCGCAUGAUUAACGAUGAAAAAAUAUUUUUUGUUCUCUGUCGACAUCUACUUACUUGUGAUUGACAAAAAAAUUAUGUCACUCCAUGAUUUUUUACUGGUGCUAUUCAAUUACGAGGUAUUGAAAUGUCAAAACGAUUUUCUUGUCGAACGAUUUCGAAUGAAGGAAACUUGGGAUAGUCCUGAUGAUGUAAAGUAUUGAGGAACAAACUAUUUGUUGCCGAAUAGUUACGCUUUCUAAUGGAGAUAUUCUCGCUUUAUGCACAUUGAGCUUGAUUAUGUAUUUUUAUAAGAAAGAGCUUAUACGUCGAUAUUACUAUAAUAUAUUGCUAUGAAGAUUAA